ACAAUCGGACCUGUCAAGCGUUGAUGACGUUAAAAACGUGCGGCAGCCGUGUGAGUCCAUGAAGUUCACUGUGGAGAGAGGAAACGAGUUUAAUUCACUAAACGUGGACACCGAGGGAGAGUGUGAGUUAUGAUCAUCAGCUUAUAAUCAUCUACAGAGAGUGAUAGUUGGUUACUCUCAUUUACAGGUAAUUGAUUCAUGCCACCUGCAGCAUGUGUUGUGGUCUGUAAGUGUUUCUACAGUUCAGGGUUAAACAUGGGCUCCACUUUGAUGUACAAAGUCAGGAUAUGUCAGAAAGCUGUGCAGCCUCUAUUUCACCAGAGAAGUUCAGCUUUCUUCAUGCUGAAGGCUGAAGGCAGAUCAUCACAGCUCCCUCUCUCAGCACGCUUUCUGUGCACCAGAGACUCUGACUCCCACCUGGGCAGCAGACAGACAGACAGGAGGAGCAGUGGACAGACUGGAGUCAAAAACACUACCAUCAGAGGUAGGGAGGAGGAAUCGUGGUACGAUGCAGCGUCGGGAAGAGGUAGGAGCUCCCCUCUUCGUCAGCAUCAGUCCUUCCCCAAAUCUGUGUUUGCUGCUGGGACGGCAAAGAGGACGACAGAGCUCCUGAGGAAGAAAGCAGCUCUGGCCUCUCGGGAUGAGGAGGAGCUUGUGGAGGGGACAGAAGGGAGGACGACGACUAGAGGAGCAGGGAAGAUGCAACCUCCAGACCGGCCGCUCUCUGCUGCUGAGUGGAGGAAGCUGAAGGAGUCUCUGGGAAACCGUGAACGCUUUGACUUACAGAUGAUGUGUACAAUGUUUGCCUUGGGCUCAGAGCUGGAUAUCGCCAAGUCCCUGCUGACAUUUGUAGUCAUGGAAAGAGGGACGCUGUCUUAUGAGCUGUUACUACGGUACCUCACGUUGUGCGUGAAGGGUGGCCACGACGCUGAGGUGUUUGACAUCUAUGACAUCAUGCGGGGAAGUUUCCCUUCUCUGGACACAGGAGCCUUGAGCCUCUUCAUCCAGUCCUUCAGCCGGACGGCGAGGUGGAGGGAGGCGCUCAGCAUCCUGAACGAGGUCAAGAAGGUCUUCAGCCCGUCACCACGCCACUAUAAUGACGUCAUCUCAGCAGCGAUGUUGCACGGUGACAUGACCACUGCCUGGGCUCUUUACGAUGAAUUAAUUGAAAAUGGACAGAGCCCACUCCAGGAGACCUGGGACACUCUGUUUAAGGGAGUGACAGGGACUGAUGAGGAAAAAGAGAAGGCGGCAGAGGCCAUGUCGCAGUCUGAGUACCAGGAGAGGCUGCUGGGGCUUCUGCUCUACAUGAGGAACAACCAGAUCUACCCCCAGCACAGCCUCGCCAGCAGCAUCAAGACCUGGUUUGAGAGUCUCACAGGGCAGAAAUGGACAGGAAGUUGGACCAGCGCUUCCUCAAACGGUGUGUGUAGGUGUUGUGGGUCUGAGUUAGAGUCCAUCCAGCUGACGGCUGAGGAGUACCAGCUGCUGAAAGACCGAGUGAUGACGGACAUCAUUCAGGGACGAGAUAUUUUUAACAAGACCACACCCGAGGAGUUGGAGAGGUUCAAGACGUUUGUGAAGAAGAAGCCGGCCUUUGAUGUCGUCAUCGACGGACUGAACGUAGCAAACAUCAACAAGGACAAAAGGCAGCAGUCAGCGACGUUGUUGGCGGUGGUGUCAGAGCUGCAGCGUCAGGGCCGGACCAUCCUGGUGUUGGGGAGGGAACACAUGCUGCGACCCUCCAGAUCCUGGGACAGACAUGAUAUGCAGCUCAUCCAGCAGAAGGCUCACUGCUUCUUCACAGAGAACAUUUCAAAGGAUGACCCCUUCUUGCUGUACGCUGCUUUGCAUUCUGGAAACCAUUGUCAGUUUGUGAGCAGGGACCUGAUGAGGGACCACAAAGCCUGCUUGCCAGACGGAGCCACCAGACGGCUCUUCUUCAAGUGGCAGAGAGGCCACCAGCUUGUCCUGGAUGGGAGCGUCUUCACGGGCAGGAGAGUCCGAUUUCUGAAUAUUCCCAACUAUGACACCAUUGUCCAGACUUCAGAGGACUCGUGGCACCUUCCCUUCGACGACACAGAGGACAGGAGCUCCUGUGAAGUGCCACUACGAUGGCUGUGCCUCAACAAAAAGCCCUGAACACACAACUCACAACUCACGCGACUUGUAAAUAAAACAUUUAAAACAAAUAACCAACGUGU